AAAAAAUAAUUUUGUUUGCAAUGCAAAAAAAAUAAAUAAGCAAAAAAAUAACAAAAAGAAUACUGCAAUAGAUUGUAUUACGCAUCAAUUUGAUAGCGAUAAAAUUUGUGUGGUAAAGCUAUAAAUAAUGGCGACACUAACCAAGCCAAAAAAAGUCUCAAAAAAGGACAAAACCCGAAAUAAACUAGAGUCGAAUGAAGCCUUACCAGAAGAGUCCACUAACACUGAAAUUUCUGUAAGAGUAGUUGAUGAUGAUAAUGAAGCAUUAGUACAAAGCUUACAAGAAAAGUUACAUAAAUUAGAAAUAUUUGAAACAGUAGCUACUAGUUCUGAUGCAAUAGUCAGCCAUGACUGCUUCAUAUCAUCCGAUUAUAAAGAACCAGACUAUAUAAAAAACUCUCAAAAAAAUGCAAAAACCUCUCAAACAAUAUCAUUGCAAGAUGAGCUCAAUCAGGCUGCAGCGGACGAACAAGAAUUACCCACUACCAGCAAAGCACUAACUAAUAUAACCAGUACAGCACUAACUGAUACCUUCUUGCAGGAUAAUAAAAAUAAUAUAAAUGAAACAACAGUUGAACCAUCAUCUAGUUCUACCACAGCAACGGAGUCAAUUGCAAGUGAAAUAGAACAGGAUGUAACACCGACCGCUCCUCCAUCAAGCAUUUAUUCAGCGGCAAUUUUUGCUCCUACACCGACUAUAAUACAAUAUCCAAAUUUAAAACCCUUACAGUAUGAUGAACAAAUAUCGAAAGUAGUUAUGAAAACUCAUAAAACAAAAGCUAUAGAUUCUUGUAUAAUCAAUAGCAACAUCAAACCAUUUACCAUUGAGGAAUUAAGACAAAUAUAUUCUUGCAAGGAAUUAGAAAUCGUAAAGCAAUUUGAGUUGGAAUUUCUUAUGAACUCACUUCUAGAAUCAUAUGAUGCUGAUCCUCUAUAUAAUGCCUUAAAGGAAUAUUAUAAUUUACAAAGCAAGUUAACAAUGAAUUUAUAUGAUGUUAACAAAUUUCGUACUGAAGCUGAUGAAGCGCGAGAAAAUAUAUGGAUUGAAGUACCAAUAACAAAAACAUUUUCCAAUCUCUGCGCUGACAGAGUUGAAGUUAAGGAAAGUGUAACAUAUAAUAUUGCUCAAGUCGAUGGUGGUAAAUUGGAAACUGCCUCUGCAGCACUAACACGUUUAUACGAAUUAGUGUGUUAUACCUAUACAACGAAUUUGAUUAUCGCCAAGAUAACAAAAGUGAAGAUUGAUCGUAUUAUAACAGAUAUACUCUCAAUUCCUGAUGCAGCACAAUUAUCCCAAUUCGGCACAGUUUCACUACACAAAUUCCUUGAUGCUGAAACGCUAAAAUGUGUUUCACAAUUACGUCGCGCAAUUUCUAUACUUUUUCAUUUUUCACGUAAAAUAAGUCCAAAUGCGAAUUUUGAUGCUGAUUUAAAAUGUUGGCUAAGAAAAUUAGUUUCACUGCAAUUACUACUUGCAACAAAGGAAGACCACUGGUUUUUAUUGUUCAACAUUUUACGCUGCCCAACAGGAGUUGGAAGUUGGGCUACAGCGUUUUUACAAGUUCCAUGUUCAACAGCAGCCGAAAAUGUAUCCAAUGGUACUCGACCUAAUGAAUUACCAUUACAGUUGGAUUCACCUGAAAUUAAUCAUUGCAUUGCUGUAUUACAAAUCUUACUUCUACCCAUUAAAAAGCGAAAUGAUUAUUUGACGGCGUUUACACAGUCCCAUAAGGAAAUAUCUGAUCCUGUUAAAGAGGAACGCUGGAUUUUAAUCGAUUCCGAUGGUGAAGAUAGUCAUACGUCAAGUGGGGAAUGUAUUGGCCUUAAAGAAAGUGAUUUAAUUGCUUUACUAAAUCAAAUUCCGUUUGAAAAAUUAUUUAGUUCUGUUUUAAAUGUUGAAAAGUUUUUAAAUGAUUACAUUAUUGAAGCUGAUCUUAUAACUACCCAUCAAAUGUUAAGAACGAUUGUCUUUUUUUCAACAUUAAUAGAUAUAUUUGGUGAAGGUAUGAUUACAUAUAAUACUGAACGUUAUAAGCAGCUAGCGAAACGUUUAGGACGACUGGUGCGUCAUACUAUUCAAUACGUGAUCGAUUAUCAUGAACUUUUUAUGUCCAAUAAUCUGGCGAAAGAUUCUUUAACAUGUGAACGAAUUGGAGUAGAAUUGAAUGUGUUAUUAAUGAAGGCUUGUGGUUAUAUAUAUCGUACACGUAACUUAGCAACAUGGCAAUACUUUUCAUCAUUGCCAUUCAAAGCAUUGAGUGCUGAUACAAUAUAUCAAUUAUUCUACUAUUUAAGUGUUGGCUUUCCUUCUAAAUUCGAAUUACCGACUGAAGUUUUCUUAGACUUAAUGAAUUCACCGGAAUUUUGGACAAAAUUUAAUGUUGCAAACUCUGACUCAUCAGCUGAAGAUCUUUAUUAUCUACUGCAAGCAUUUUUUGAAAUGGCAAAUGAACGUGAUAUCGUCAACGACUGGGAACUAAUAAAAUCUAUAUGUCUACAUAUAUUUAAUAUUGGUUAUAUAAAUGAAUCGACACGUGAAAUGUGUUAUAAAACAUCUCGUGAUAUGUUAGUUAAUCUUACACUGGCAUAUGAGGACUUACUCUCAUGUUUAUUAAUUCAACUUAAAAUUCGUUUCAAUGAUAUUGAGAAUGCACAUUAUCUAUUUAAGUCAUUGCCCUUAGAAAAUUGGAAACCUAGUUUAGAUAGCUUCGAAAUACUUUCAACGUGGCUGCUACACUUUAAUUAUCAGUCCAAAGAAAAUAUGCUAUCACGCAUUAUUAUAAGCCACCUUAAUUGGGGUUUCGAUUCUGAUGGGCGUUUAUAUUUACCACAUAAUAUACAUGUACGUAUGGCUUGUUUAAUAACUGAAGCACUGUCAAAACAUGCGCCGGAAGUAGUUGGCACAACAGGAAUUACAGAAAGUGUGCGUCAAGUAUCGAGCAUAAUUGAUUUUUCACAAUCUACUAAAGAUCAAUUCGCCACUUGGUGCUGGAGCGUUAUAUCUGUCUUACGUUUACAUUUAAUGGAUCAAAAUGCUGAAUCUGUAAAGCGUACUCUACAAAACCCAAUCGAUCCUUUAAUGUUUGUAUCAGAUUUAGAACGUAUUGAUACAAUUUAUCAAGGUGUAACUGAGAAACGUCCACUCGCUUUAUAUGUUGCAAUAUUAGUAAGUUUACACGGACAUUCCAUACCACUUAUUUGCCAAAAAGGUUUUGAACUUAUGAAAUUAUUAGUGAACGAUUAUCGAUAUCCAGCAGUGAUACGUUGCCUGGAAUUAAUUGUACCAUUAUUUCUAGAAACCCCAGAUACACUAGCAAACUGUGAAAAUUUUCAUGCGGUUCUGAAUAGUAUUUUAAACGCCGAUAAGACAUAUUUAAAAAUGGCCAAAGAUGUUUUAUAUCCAAAUUCAGUGGGUCCAGUUCUUGAGUUAUUCGACAAUAUGAUACAUCAUCAAAUAACAUCAUAUACAGAUUAUGGUCUGGCUACACCUUUAAAUCUUAUUAAUGUUUGGCUUAACUGCUUCACAAGUCUACCCAACUGGCAGAAUAGUAGUGUAGUUUUUUUACUGGAUAAAAUAUUACGAGUUGCAUAUCAAUUUCCAGAUGCCCGGGUGCAAGCCGUAGAAUAUUUUCGAAAUUAUUAUAAGGAAUGUAAUGAAUGGAAGAACACAAAUAAAUCUGCAUUGGUAUCAUUUUUCAGGAGCAAUCAAUCUCGUAUACCAAAUUUAAAUCCUAACUAUAUCUGGUUAGCAUUGGUACUAUUGGAAAUUGAAUUUACCGCAACUGACUCACAUUUCUGGGCAGAAUUAUUAAGACAAUUAACAGUGGCCAAUGACAAAAUAAGCGUUGAAACUGCUUUGAAGAAAACAACAGCGAUUACAAAAAUAUCAACAUUUCCAGCCCAAUUACUGGUCAUAUAUAAAUAUGCAAAUCUCAUGUCUUUAAUGGAUAUCAAUCAUCCACUAUUUCCAAUAGUGAAUCAAAAAUUUUUCGAACUAUUUCUGUAUAGAGUACCACUGCAUUAUGACGAGCACAGUUUUCAGCAUAUUUACGGUGUAUCGGAUAAAUUUUAUGAAUUCAAUGUGCCACUUAUGAAAAAAAUAAAAAGCAAUCUAAAAGCAGCCGAAACAUUUUACAAUAAUGAAGCAACAGCCAAAGCUGAUGAUGAUGCCUUAAGCUUCUAUUAUAGAAAUUGUGCAAAAAUGAUGAAUACGUACUCUUUAUGGUUGGAGGAUACGUCCAUUAAUAAACUGACAAGUGAUCAGUAUAAUUUCCCGCCUCAAUAUAACACAGAAAAGCUGCGUGAAAUAAUGAAUGGAAAUACGUCACAUUGGACGGAAUUUUUGUAUUUACCUAAUAUACGCAAAGAACAAAAAUAUUUUGCCGAUCUUUGGGCGAGAAAAAAUUUUCGCUUAAAGUCUACAAAACAUUUACGAAGUCCGCUACAAUUAAAACCUAAAACAACACCAAUUGAACGUAUUAAAAAACAAUUGUCUUCCUAUGAUAAAAGAGUUAAAGCUCCGAAAUUUUCCAACUCUAUAUAUAAUAUCGGAAUGCAAAUAAACGUGGAAACGUUUAAGGAACUGAAGAAAAAACUAGCAAUUACUAGCAGCACAGCAACUAAAUUUCAUAUGACUUCAUGUGAAUUAAACUCCAUUAAUCGCAACUAUAUAGACACAAUUGUUGAACUAUAUCACAUGGUUCCAUAUAACGAAAUAAAAAUCAAAACCUGCAAUUCAUUGCUAUUUAAUAGAAAGUGUACAAAUCCUGCUCGAAUCACGGUUACUCUAGAAGCGAUACGAAAAAAUGAAGCCAUUGAAAGAAAGAUCGAAAAUUAUUGUGAACGACAAAAUAAUAUUAUUAAUGAAAUUUCCACAAUAAAUGUCGACAAUUUUGCACAAGCUAUUGAGGAAAUAAGUUCUGUCACAAGUAUACUUAAAACUUCUACGACCAUGAAUUCUGAGCCUAUUCGGAAAACUGGUAUUAAUUUAUUUUAUGAAGUCGUCAACAAUAUAACAGAUGUUACCACAAAGUUUUCACCCACAAAGGAAUUUUAUACACAAAUACUUAGUGAUCUCGCUAUUUUUAUACAAAGUAAUCAGGAGCAAGAAGGUCUUUAUGUUUUGGAAUUGUCAUUAAAACGUUCAGAGUUGCUUAAAGAACUUGCCGAUGUCUUUAUGCCUGGUCGCACACAUCCUGAAUAUUUUAUUAAAAUGUAUAAAUUUUUAAUUGAUUCCCAUUUAAAGCACUGUGAUACUAAAACACUGUUUGUACUUUUCUCUAAGUUCGAUAUAGUCACGUGGUUAGAAUCAUUUCGUCCUAAAUUAAAUGAUAUAUAUAAAUUACUACAGUUGGUUUCAAAUGGUUUAGAGUCCUGGUCGCAACCAGACUCUGUACUUCUGCAAGAUCAGUUUCGUCGUCAUUUGGUCCAUAUAUUCGAUUAUGAUUUUCCGCAACAUUAUGGCGAAGUAUUACAACUGGUGCUCGAUCGCAUAUCUGAUCAAAAACUUAUGCCUAUCGUUAUAUUAGACUUACUAAAUUCAUUACUCCAACGAUUUAAUUGCGAAGCAAUUAAAUUAGACACUACUUCUGAGCAGAUACGGGAAAUAUCUAUAGACUUUGCGCGUCGUCAAAAUUUAUUUAAUUUAAAAGCGGCGACAGAUACAAUAAUGUUAUUUGCACGGCAUUUCCAAAGGGAACGUUUACAUCAUGGCCUACAUGGUCUCUAUCCGAAGCACAAAAAUUAUUGUCAACCUUUAUCAGCCUGGUUUUCUUGUUUUGGUCAUACACUUGUUGUACAAGCUAUUUGCACAUAUCAGGACCUUUUAGCCGAUCAAAUUAGCGAUAUUUUGUUUGGCUCGCUUAUUGAUAUGUAUAAACCAUGGCUCAUAGUGUACACUCAAGAGACUAUGCAGGUUGCAACAUCUAAUUGGAUACGUCAAUUUAUUGAAAAUGGCAAGGUGCUUUAUCCUUGGAGUGACCAGCAUGUUGAAACUUGUAAAGUUAUUAUCGAUCCAUUUAUUAGAACACUGAUAUUCGUUUUAGAAUACCUACCAGCUUCACACAAAAUAUUGGGUCAUACAUUAAGCUGGUAUGUUCAUCAUUAUGGUGCACAAAAUUUAGAAUCCCACAUAUAUGCACCUAUACAUAAUGGACUAGCCGCAUUACAGUGGGAGUUAUACAAACCGCAACAGAAUUAUAUAGAUUUAAUAUAUGAUAGCUUACAAAAGUUAAUACCGGAAGCGCAUGCAAUGUUAGGACAUAUAUUUAUACGCAUUAAUUGGCAGUCAUGGUUUAUGGAUACAUUACCAACUUUUCCUCAACAAAUGCAGGAUACAAUACUUUCACGACUUUUUGCAAUAUUUAUCAAAAUUGCUUUCGAACCUAAUAUACACAUGCACAUAACGACAAGUAAAAUUUUGGAAGAUGCUAUGCAAUAUCCGUGGCAUAAAGUUGAGUAUGCGGAGCUAGAAAAUCUACUGAAAUGGUUUGUGAACACUGUGGAACCAGCGAUUGUAUUAAAAAUUCCAGGAGAAACCAAUUAUGUGGACAGAGCUGUAUUAGACCUAUUACGUUUAUCAUGUGGUAUGAUGCCAGAACUUCCCUUAGAAGGUAGCGUAGGGAAUGCACCAGCAAAACGUGUUUUAUAUACGCGCGUUUUCGUACGUUUACUAUAUGCUUGUGCUGCGAAAAAUCAAAGACUCUUAGCUACCAAAGACGGUAAUGCAGCAUUCAAAGCUGCUUUUCUAGAACUCUUGAACAACAUGGAUAACGUAGUAUUGAGUAUUACUAAAACGAAAACUAUAGAAGAACAAAAACGUGAGGCACUCACAUUGAUUAGUGAAAUUCUACUGCCCAUGCAAACCCAAAGCGAAGAAACUACUAAUGUUAUGGUAAGCGUUAUGGUUAACUGGCAAGCACAAUACUGUACCGCUGGAAAUUUACUUAUGUGCAAUACUCUAACUGCUAUUGGUCACAUGAACGCUUUUAUUGCUAGCACAUACACAAUACUUGAGUCAAGUAUAGUACAUUAUUUUCGCACAUCAGACGAGUCAAAAAGUUGGCAUACGCCUAGUUGGCUUAAUCUAAUGCAUACUCUGCAAAUGUCGUUAGAUAAAUUACAACUGAUGCCUAUUAUACGCAGACCAUGUCUGUUAACCUUACACACAUACAUUUUAUAUAAAUUGGAAAAAAUGGAAAGCUCUGGUGAACAGAUUACAUUUCUACAGGAUUUAGCUCAACUCAUACAAAAUAUUAAAACGAGUCCAGAUACUGAACCACAUUUGGCUAUUGUUUGGGGACUUAUUAUAUCACGUGGAUGUAAACUGCUAGCUGUUACUGAAGUAGCCAAAAAGCCAUUGCAAAUGUUAGGUAGUUAUUUAGCUUUGCUCUCGUCGCAAGCGGAAAGCUGGGGAGAAGGUUUACUAAAUGCUAUCGGAUUAAAAAAAGAUAUAAUAACAAAUCAGCGGAAAGUGCUAACUCGUUGUCUUGCUUGCGUUAUUUUUUCACUAUUUCCAACAACAAGUGGACCAUUGUAUACUCCUCAUCAACAAUACGCCAGCACACUCAACGAUUUAAGUAUGCUGUUGGCUAAUAAAAAAUACCAGAAUAUUAAGCCAUCUAUAGUCACAGCCGUAAAUAUCAUAAAGGACACUAAAAUACCAAAAACGCGUGAUGUGCCACAUUUAGUUUGUCGUUUAAUAAGUUUAUUCUAUCAGGAUAAUUUUCUAACUACUAUACCGGAAGUUUGGGAUUUUGACUUUAAAUGGCCUUAACUCUAAUUUUUAAUACAUAUUAUGAAAAAAAUUUUUUAUAUUUAUAUAUAUACAACUUGUUUUCCAUAUUAGUUUAGUAUGUAUACAAUACAGCGAAAAUUUUCAUUCUAUUCAUAUUUUUAUAAAGUAAAGAUUUUUUAUAUUAAUUAAAAAUUUA